AUGGCGGAAAAUCUCGCGGAUGGUCUCUUCGCCAUCGAAGUCGAUGCAGACGACUACGCAGAAACAGCCGCAGGUGACACGCCCAGCGUCCCGCGCACAUUUCAAAGCGAAGCCGACUUCCAGGCGCAGAAAGCUUCAUACACCGCGAAGAUUGACACUGGAGAUAACCUCGCAGUGUUCUUGAAAGCAGUGCCAGGCCUGGCCAAAACCACGAAUGGGAGAAUUGCCCAAGUGGAUGGAGGAGCCACAAAACUCACCCUCACCAAGAAAGACGUCCAGCUUCUCGGAUACGCGGUCGGGGAAAUGUACUGGGACCGGCGGCACGAGGAGAUUGUUGAGCUUUGUUGGAGGGUCAGGGAGAGGUGUGCGGUUGAUGCGAAGUUGGGGGCGAGUUUGGAGAGCAUGCGAAGACUAUUACGCCGACAACGACAUCUUCGAAACGACGUAGCCAUGUCCGACAGCGGCGCCUCAUCACCCUCCUCCAGCGCUCCAACACACCACGUCGAAGUCAAAACGACCCUCCUCUACGGCGUCUUCGUCUCUCACAAGAGCUACCUCAUCGGCUUGAGAAAUCUCAUGAAGAGGGAGCAUGUCGAUAUGCUUGCCAACAAGAUCAUUGGGAAGAUGCUGCCACCUGAACUCAUCGAGAUCGUUGCCGAUUAUUUGUUCGAAAUGGAGCGUGAAGUGGUGCGGAAGAAGUGGAUACCCGAGAGGAGGGCGAUGCAAGAAAACAUCGCCAAGUUCGAGAAGGCGAUGGUCGAUUGUCCCGCGUUGACGGGGGCGAGGGAGAGGAUGUCCCUCUCCCCCAUCAAAACGACCCUAGUCCAAAACUCCCGCCCCAUAACCGGCCAAAACAUCCGCCUCCUCGACCCCCCACACACAACCUACAUCCACCUCUCCUGCCUCCGUCCCUCCCUAGCCAUAAACCUCCCCCCACGUCUCCAACCCCCCGACCCCAUCUCCCCCGCCAUCUUCUACAACGCCGGCAACGCCCUUGUGCGCGUGCGGGUGCGUGGGAAUAAUGAGUCGAGAGGAACUAUGCAUGAGGAUGAGGUGACGCAUAUGCCCGCCAGGGAGUCUGUGGAGACGAGGGAGGAGCCGAGGGCGGUGGGGAGGUUGGUGCAGUGCGAGGGGGUGGAGGAGGCGGUUAGGGGGUGGGAUGAGGGGGCGGUGAGAAGGUUUGUCGAGUUGCUUGGGUUGAAGGUUGUGCCUUUUGAUGGUGAUGAAGAUGGAGAUGGAGAUGGAGAUGGAGAUGGAGAUGGGAUGAAGCCUGGUCUGCAUUUCUGGCAGAGAAUCCUCGAGAAAAAGUCAUCAGGAACAUAG